AGUGUAGGGAGUGAACACAGACACAGCGCAGGACUCAGUGCAGUUUACUGAGAGCAGCUGAAGAAUGCACGUCUCUCUCUCUCUCUCGUGGUGUCUCUUGCUCUUUCCUGUCAGACUCUCGGACUCUACACACACCCACUCACACACCCACACACUCGCUCUCUAAGCGAACAUGCCUGUAGUCGGAGUAGCGUCUAAACUGCGGCAGCCGGCUGCCGCCUCCCGACCUGUUCACACCGCUUUACCUAUCCCUAACAAAGGUCAAAGGUCAGAGGUCAACACUUCGGAGUCUACACCCGCGACCUAUCAGCUGUCAGUCAAAUCGGAGCUGCAGGAAAGAACCAGCCAAGACGAGGAGAAGAGGAUCUGUAAGAUUUACACUGACUGGGCGAAUCACUAUCUGAGCAAAGCCGGCUGUCCUCGACUGAUAAAGGAUUUAACACAGGACAUUCCCGAUGGAGUUCUGCUAGCGCACAUCAUACAGAUCAUCGCGAAUGAGAAGGUAGAGGACAUUACAGACUGCCCCCGGAGUCACUCUCAGAUGAUUGAGAAUGUGGAGUCUUGUCUAACAUUUCUGGAAGCCAGAGGAGUCAGUGUACAGGGCCUGAGUGCUGAAGAUGUGUGUAAGGGGAAUUUGAAGGUGAUCCUGGGUCUGUUCUUCGUUUUGUCCCGUUAUAAACAGCAGCAGCAGCAACAGCAGCAGUACCUCCAGUCUCUAGUGGAGCUUCAGCAGCACGUCACACACACACAUACACCCAAAACCCAGCAACGAGCUCCAGACAUGCAGUCCAGUGUGACAGUGCGAUACGCGAACCCGCCCGCUCAGAGUGGAGUAGGGCCUGUGCAGAAGAAAAACACAAGGUUGCCUGGUCCAUCCCGUUCCCCCGUGGUGGGUAACAAUAAAGCUCCUCCCUCAGCCAGUCUGAACCGCAGGAGUCAGAGCUUCAACAGCAUUGACCGCAACAAACCCCUACAGUACUCCAGCGGGAAUGACCGGGAGUCGGUAAAGUCCGUCCCCCUGAUUGGUGGGAUGAAUGGCAGCGUUAGCGGUCAGCAAUUAGCAUCGGCCAUUCCCUCCCCAACGACAGGCCAAUCAUGGCGCAGCAAGUCCAUGAACAUGAAGCACAGUGCUACGUCGUCCAUGUUAGCCAGUAGUCCUGCCUCCUCACCUCCUCCGCCCACUUCAGAUAGGUCACGCCCAUCACUCCCUGAUGCCUCUAAGUCAGCACCGGGGAACCAGCGAUCGAUGCUGGAAAAGUUCAGACUGGUCAAUACACGGAUGGCUUUGCAGGAAGAGGACGAUCUGUCGGAGUAUGGAGAUGAUGGAGGGACAUGUCCCAAACCGCCAGGCAAGAUGCCUACACCAUCCCCUACACCUUCAAACAAGAACACAGCUAAUGCUAACACCACUACGACUAUUGCUGUUAACAAUAGCAAGAACGCUAGCAAAUCCUUGCCCCAACCCAAAGAUGACAAGAGUAAAAGCAAAAACAAAGCUAGCACACCGCCUAAAGAGGAAGUGACCUCAGAACCAGCUAAGAAGGCCUCCAAAAUCGCUAGUCUCAUCCCUAAAGGAGGGAAAACGACUGCAGCGAAAAAAGAGAGCGCACUUCCUGCUUCCAGCGGCAUCCCAAAACCUGGAGUGAAGACUCAAGCGGCUCCAACCAAACCUGCCGGGGAAAAGACAAAAAGCUCCAAAGGGAGUCAAGGGUACUACGCAGGGCGCCCUCUAGGGGGAGUGGAGGGCAAGAAGGGCAGCAUGGUGUCCUCCACUAGCACCUCUGCUCUAGCCGGGUCCACGGUUACUAACUCUGGAAGCGGAGGGGGCGGAGUCGUGGGGGGCAACGGAGCGGUGCAGUUACCACAGCAGCAGCAACACAACCACCCCAACACAGCGAUGGUGCCACCCUUCAUGUACAGGACAUGCUCAGAGAAUGACUGUACUGCAGUGGUUGUUCCUGAUUCUUCUCUUAGUCCUACUAAAGAGCUCGCCUACAACAAAACAGCCAAACAGUGCCUAGAGGAGAUCUCAGGUGAGGACCCUGAGGCGAGACGCAUGCGUACGGUAAAGAACAUCGCCGAUCUGAGACAGAACCUGGAAGAGACCAUGUCCAGUUUACGGGGGACCCAGAUCACACACAGCACUUUAGAGACAACCUUUGACUCUACGGUAACAACAGAAGUCAGUGGGCGUGGAUUGUCGACUCUUUCCACUCGGCCUGCCCCCAUGUCAUGGCGUCUUGGCCAAUCACAAUCACAGAGCCCUCGACUUCAGGCAGGUGAUGCCCCAUCCCAUCCUGGCAAUUAUGCUCCUCCUAGGUCUGUUCCUUCGGCUACCGGUCGCUAUGGUGAUCCCUCACGCCUGGUCUACACAGCACCACUGAGAAGGGCAGCGACUACAGUGGGCAAAAGUGUGGAGCUUGGAGAAAAGGAGGCGGGGCUAGAGGAGGAAGUGGGUGGAUAUAUGAGUGAUGGGGACAUACUAGCCAAAAAUGUACGAACUGAUGACAUGAGCAGCGGCUACGUAACAGAUGGAGGUGUGUAUUCUCGUAACGUGGGUCGUGUUCCUGACCUUCCAUCUGCACGAGAGCUCAUCCAACGGGUUAAAGAGGGAGAAGCUGACAGUUAUGAUGACAGUAGCUCGGUCAGCAGUGGUCUGAGUGACUCUCUUGAUGUUGGAGCUGAUGAUGUGCACACACUGAAUUCAUCGCACAAGAGCAAGUCAAAGCAGCAGUGUAAUCAGAAUAGCAGUAGCUGGUGUGCUGCUGAAGAUUUGAAGAAGGUUGAUGAACAAAUUGAGAACAUCUUGGAUUCCUCCUCUCAAAUGGAAGGGGCGGGGCUUCCCGUGUCUCAGACAGGCUCAUGGAGGCGGGGCAUGAGCACACAAACGGGUAUCACCUCACCACGAAAUAAAAACAGCAACACGAACGUCAAAACACCAGGUAAAACGGAUGACGCCAAGGCCUCAGAGAAGGUCAAGACUCCCUGUAAAUCUCCCAGCAUGCAGCGCUCUCCCUCAGAUGUGGGCAAAAACAGUGGCGAUGAGGGUAAAAAGUCUGGCAUCACCCGUCCACCGCCCACCACCGGCUCCUUUGGAUUCAAGAAGAUCCCAGCUGCUACAGAACUAGCAGCACCCAAGACUUUAUCAGCCAAAUCAGCUGGGAAAGUGGGUGGGACCACAUGUGUGGUGGGUGGCGCCAGGAAAACAAGCCUGGAUGGGUAUCGUCACCAUGACGACGGGGUCCUUUUGGGCAUUGGCGGGUCUAAAAUGCCCCUUCAGUAUCGCUCACUUCCAAGGCCGUCUAAAUCCUACCGAUCCAUCGACUCUUCCACAGUGAAAGGGGGUGGGGUCGUGGCUGGAGGUGGGGCUGGACCUGGACCUGGACCUGGAGCUGGUGCUGGAACUGCAACUGGAACUGGAACAGUAAGUGGCAUUUCAAAAAGAAAGGACGGAGGGAAGACGGAGUCAGGGAGGUCGAGUCCAGUCAGCAUAAAUCAGACUGAUAAAGAGAAGGUUUCAGUGUCAGAGCAGGAGGGGGCAGCACUGAGCACAUCACCCAAAUCCAGCCCAACAUCCAGCCAAUCAGGACUCAGACAGCCUGGAUCCAAAUACCCAGACAUUGCCUCGCCCACCUUCCGCAGGUUAUUUGGCAGUAAGUGCAGCAACAGUAAGCCAAGCUCUCCCGACUCCUCUAAGUCCGCUCCCUUUGCCUCCCCCCUCGACUCCCCGGGCAGUGGAGGCAACAGAACGCCCGACUCUCUUUCUAACACCCGUCCCUUCCUCAGCAGCUCAUCUGCGGGCAGCAAAGAGACGCUGAGCAGCAUUCAUACCAGCUCACACACCAGCUUACACACCAGCUCACACACCAGCCUACACACCAGCUCGGAAUCCAUCGAGCUUCCUGCGCCACAUCAUCAACAUGCACCAAGGCUCAAAUCCACACUAUCCCAAGGCAUGACUCUUGACAGAAACACACUACCCAAAAAGGGAUUAAGACAUCCUCCUUCCUCCAGACAGAUGUCUCAUGAAGAAGGUAAAGAAUGGCUUCGUUCUCAUUCCACUGGAGGACUGCAGGACACGGGGAGUCCCCUGUCCCCCCCGACUGGGAAAUACCACUACAGCAACCUACUGAGCCCCACCGGUGCUAUGACUCGGUCUAACAGUAUUCCGGAUCAGGAGGCGUUUGAUCUGUAUGGAGACGGACGAGUGUUGUGUGGCAGUAACACAUCACUGGAAGAGCGACCGCGAGCCAUCAGUCGCUCCGGAUCAUUCCGUGACAGCACAGACGAAGUUCAUGGAUCGUCUCUGUCCCUGGUGUCCAGCACGUCAUCUCUGUACUCUGCUGUGUACGCCUACAUGGAAAAGACCGAGGAAAAAGCUCACUCUGAGCAAAUCAGAAAGCUGCGCCGGGAGCUGGAUGCUUCUCAGGAAAAGGUCGCGACCUUGACAUCUCAGCUAUCAGCCAAUUCUCACCUGGUUGCAGCAUUUGAGAAGAGUUUGACAAACAUGACAUGUCGCUUACAGAGUCUCACCAUGACGGCGGAACAAAAGGAAUCAGAGUUGGCAGAGUUGAGAGAGACGAUCGAAGCUUUAAAGGCUCAAAACACAGACGCACAAACUGCCAUACAGGUGGCUCUGAAUGGACCUGAGCAUCUACACAAAGUUCGGCGUCAGCACUCCUCAGAAAGUGUGUCGAGCACUAACAGUGCAGUGAGUCACAGCAGCUUAAACAACAAAGACCCGGAUGACAAGAAAAAGAAGAAGAAGAGCUGGUUGCGCAGCUCCUUCAAACAAGCUUUUGGGAAGAAGAAAAGCUCAAAGCUGCAGACGUCUCAUGAUGAGCUGGAAGAAAUGACGGACUCGUCUGUUCCGGAAUCACCGAAACUGCAACACACACACACAGACGGCAGCACACAGGCCUUACACACAUCUUCAUCCACCACUGAGCUGUGUGAGUGUACCGAGGCUGAGGCAGAGAUCAUCCUGCAGCUGAAGAAUGAGCUGAGGGAGAAGGAGCUGAAACUCACUGACAUCCGACUGGAGGCUCUGAGUUCAGCACAUCACCUGGACCAGAUCAGAGAGGCCAUGAACCGCAUGCAGAAUGAGAUCGAGUUGCUGAAGGCGGAGAACGACAGAUUAAAGUCUAGUGGAAACUCCACCCCUUCUGCCGUAUCAUCCAAAACACCCCGCCCCCCAUCAGAGACCUCAAGUACCUCCUCCUCGUCUUCCCGCCAAUCACUGGGCCUGUCACUCAACAACCUCAACCUCACUGAGACUAUCAUGUCAGAUCUGCUGCUGGACGACGGCUACGAGGGAAACCUGCGUAAAGAGGGACGGAGCGUACGGAUCGUCGUCGCCGUCGCCGGGGGCUCCAACAGGACCAAGGGUUUACAGAGUCUGGAGUAUCUCAUCGGCUCCAUCGGCGUCAGCGGAAAAACCAAGUGGGACAUGUUGGAUAGUGUAAUACGACGACUGUUCAAGGAGUACGUGUUCCGCGUGGAUCCUUUAACGAGUCUGGGCCUGACUUCGGACAGUAUAGUGAGCUACAGGAUGGGGGAAGUGGAGCGCUCUCACGUUUCUGAGCUUCCUGAGCUUCUGCCCUGUGGAUACCUGGUUGGAGAAAACAACAUUAUCAACAUCACACUCAAAGGUGUGAGGGAGAACAGUAUAGACAGCCUGGUGUUCGAUACGUUAAUCCCCAAACCGAUAAUCCAGCGUUACCUGAAUCUGCUGAUGGAGCAUCGCAGGAUCAUCCUGUCCGGCCCGAGCGGCACGGGAAAGACGUACCUCGCCAACAAACUGGCGCAUUACAUCAUCAACAAGAGCGGGCGGGACGUGAACGAGUGCAGCCUCGCCUGCUUCAACGUGGACCAGAAAUCCAGCAAGGAUCUAUGUCAGUACCUCUCGGCUCUCGCUGAACGCUGUAACUGUGAUGAAGGCGAGCGAGAGCAUCAACUCCCCCUGGUGGUUCUGAUCGAUAACCUGCACCACGUCGGCAACCUGAGCGACAUCUUCAACGGCUUCCUCAACUGCAAAUACCACAAAUGCCCGUACGUGAUCGGGACAAUGAACCAGGGUGUCUCCUGUUCCCCAAACCUGGAACUGCACCAUAACUUCAGGUGGGUGUUGUGUGCGAAUCACACGGAACCGGUACGGGGUUUUCUGGGUCGGUUUCUGCGCAGGAAGCUGAUCGAGGUGGAGAUCGAUAAAAACACACGCAGUAACGAACUCAUCAAGAUCAUCGACUGGAUCCCCAAAACAUGGCAACACAUCAACUCCUUCCUGGAGGCUCACAGCUCAUCUGAUGUCACCAUCGGUCCCCGGUUGUUCCUGUCGUGUCCAAUGGAAGUUGAAGGUUCUCGUGUGUGGUUCACGGAUCUGUGGAAUUUCUCACUCGUGCCCUACUUACUGGAGGCAGUGAGGGAGGGGCUACAGCUCUAUGGUAAGAGAGCUGUGUGGGAGGAUCCCUCCAAGUGGGUGAUUGACAGCUCCCCAUGGAGCUCCGCCCCCCUGCAGCGUGACAGCCAAUCGCUGUUGCCGCUGCGCCCGGAGGACGUGGGCUACGAUGCGUUCAGCUCGUUUAAAGACGGAGCUUCACCGAAACAAUCGCACAAACACACAGCGCAGAGCGACAGCGAUGGAGACCCACUGAUGAAUAUGCUAAUGAGGCUACAGGAAGCUGCUAACUACUCCAGUGCCACUCAGAGCUGUGACAGUGACAGCGCCAGUCACCACGAUGACGUUCUAGACUCCUCCCUCGAGUCGGCCCUUUAAGCCCCACCCCCUCUGUGAGGAACCAGGAAGAGCUAGCUUUCUUCUUAUUGGAUGUCGGUGGCCGGAGAGGCCGAAUGAACACACACACUGGUGAAAUGUGCAAUUAGAAACGGAUUCCACUUGCAGCCAAAUUGUUGUUCACUGACAAACAAACAAACAAACAACUGGAAGUUUUGUUUCUUGUUUCUUUUUUUCAGUUAGCAUUAUCGUUGUUAAUUACACGAGCCGGACUGUUGUUUUUCCGUCGAGUUGUUCAACUCCGUGGUGCUGCUGUGGUGCCAAAAUCCGUUUACGUUUGUAUGCCAACAAGCACAAGCGGUCCUCGUCUCAUUUCCGCUACUGUGAAACCACUUCAUCAGCACGAGCGAGUUAAACGAUGAAGUGUUCGUCAUCAUUAACACCUGAACUGAAGCAUAACGCGCAGCGGUGUUUUCACUUGCAUUCGACUGCCUGCAGUUCCCUUUUUAUCCAGCAGGAGCGCUGGAGUGCUGGAUGAUUAUUAUACAAAUUGGAACCUGGGGACGAGUCUGAUAAUGGUGCUUCUUUGCUGCCUUAAAUGUGCUGAGCGCUAGUGGACUUCUGCAAAGUUUAAGAAAAAAGUCUUUUUUCGGACAGGACGGAAAUGUAAAUCAAAUAAAUGCCACGUUUGCAUAUUUUAUUUUUGUUACCUCAUGAGAGAGUAUUGGAUUUCAGACGCAUCGGUAUAAAGCCCGGUGCGUGUGUAUAAUAAACCAGUAAUAUGGAAUUUAUGGAAUCCCAGUUGAGCUGGGACAAACUGAACUCUGAGGAUGAGCACAAAUAAGACAAGUUGCUUUGCUAGCAUGCUGUUUUUACUUCUGUCAUCUGUGUGUGUGUGUGUGUGUGUGUGUGUGUGAGUGUGAGGUUCAAAAUUUGAAGUCUUGCACAUUGUCACCGAUUCAUUCUACCGAAAGAAAAAAUUAAAUAUCGGGAAUUAUUCACUAGCAAAAAAAAAAAAAAAAAAAAAAGAAUUGUAAAGUUUAAUAUACAUGCUAAUGCUAAAGCCUAAUGUUGAUAUAAAUCCACAGCCAGUGGAUGAAUUAUGACGAUGAUCAAAGUUGUUUCGAGUAGAACCGUAAAAAUGUCACAAGCCUGUCUCACAUUAAACAGCGUUAAAGCACUUUUCGUUUAAAACACACUGUACAUGACGCCUUUUUUAAAAAUAUAUGUUUUUUUGUUUUUAUGGUUUUUAUGGUUAUGUGGCCAUGGCUUCAUUUUAUCAGGAAAAAUAAAUCUGAAUGGUUUAUAAAUGUAAAAAAAAAUCUUUAUAGUUUAUGAAAAUGAUUUAUAAAUAAAAAAUUAUCUUUACAGUUUAAGGUGCAGAAUUGUGUAAAAUCGGUGCUUUGUUAUUUCGGAAAAACUUCACACUGCACGUUGAGCUCUACUUUACUAACUCUCUAAAUGUAGAAAAUGUAAACAAAGGCAAAAUGAUGUUGAUGAUGACAAGAUUCUUGAGUUUUCCCACAAGCCUAAAACAACCUGUUUAUUUACACUCCUGUGAUAGGUCUUGUUUUUUGAGGUGCCAUUACUUUUUGUAAAAACAAAAACUGUUUAGAAAGUAAACAUGACAAAUGUCUUAAAUGUAAACCGAGAAUAAAAUAAAAGCCUGUAAUGGAUCAGACGGAUACGCAACACCAAGAAAACUAACGAAGGUGCCAAUAAUUAAUUAUUCAAUAUAUUCACAGUAGAAAUAUUAUCACUACCUCAACAUUAACUCCACAUUAUUUAAAUUAAAAAUAUUUACAUAAAUGUCCGAUAAUUCUACUAAGAUAUCAACAACGAAUAAAUGACAAAUAAACGUAAAUAUAGUUAAUAUGGUGGUAAAGGUGUAGGGGACUGACUUAUUUUACUACAAAUAUUUACAUUUUAUUUAAAACAACACAAAAAUAAUCACAGCUACACAAAAACGUCCAAAAUGUGUAGUUUAAAAAAAUUCUAAAAAAUGUCCUUCAGGUUUUCAUGAGAGGAAAUUUAACUUCACAGCAUGUUGAUAUUAUUAAUAUAUCAUUAAACAUAAAUAUAAAUUCUACUGAUUAAAAAAAAAGUUUAAAGAAAAAAGAAUGCCUGUAAUAUUUCCCUUUUUUAAUAUAUAUAUUUUCUUUUACACGAUGUUGAAAGAAGUACAAAGUUUGAGGGGACAUUUAUAGUCAUUAGUAAAGGAACACGGUUUAUGAUCGCAACCAUCACAACUGUGGAAACAAAAUAGUGUAAAGUGUUAAAGUUGAUUUUUAAUUGAUUUUAUUAUUUAGGGAAAAAAAUGAGUGUGAAAAGCUGCCACGUGUUUAACAUGUUAACAUCCAGGAGGUUUAUUUCAUCUAAAGUGACUAAAAGGAAAAAAAAAAAAAAAGCAAAAAACAAAAGGUGUAAGCGGUGCUUUAAAAAAGAAAAUAAAUUAAAUGGAUUUUUAAUAAUAAUAAUAAUAAUAAUAAUAAUAAUAAUAAUAAUAAGUGUGUGUUAAGAUGUUAAAUAAGUGUCUCGUGCAGAAUCGGUAGUUUCUGAACUGCUGCUUGUUGGAAUUAGACGUAAAACCCCGAAUAUAUGUUUUUUUAAAAAUAUUAGAACGUUUUGUUUUCUUUCACUUCCCCGGAUACGUUUACAAAAACUCUAAAGGUGCAGAGUACCGAAAAAUCCUCCAGGUGCUAAUGACCUUUGACCUUUCCCACAGUGCUGCUCCAGAACUUUAAUAUCUGUUAAACAUUCAGUUCAUUUCUCCUCAGCUGCAUUUCUCUCUCUCUCUCUCUCUCUCUCUCUCUCUCUCUCUCUCUGUGUGUGUGUGUGUGUGUGUGUGUGUGUGUGUGUGUGUGAUCUCUGCACAGGAAUGAAAUCAUUUUAAAUAGUUUUGUGUUAAAUUUCUAAAAAAUGAAUACAAAGGUGCAAAAUGAGGUGAAGCAUUCCUGCGUUCCUUUAUAAAUAUAAAUGUAAUAUUUAAGUUUUUCACACUUUAACUUUCUUUAAUUCGUCUUUAACUGAAUCUUUUUAAUCACCAAAUUUCAUAUGAAGCAAAACAACAACAAUGAUGAAUAAUUUUUUUUUUUAAUCUGUGACUUAAAUUUGCACAAUUUUUUUUUACAUAUUUUCCUUCAGAUUUGUUCCCAAAAAUAUUAACUGCUAAAAGUUCGAGCACCAAAACACUGUUCCAAUAGUCCUAAACUUUUUGUUUAACUUGAACUUUUUUUUGAUUAAUUAAUUUGUGGUGUGUUUUUGUGGGUUUUUUAAAGUUUGUAAAGUUUACUUUCUACUCAAAAUCUUUUUGCCAGAAACCUAAACAGUGUUUUACUGAAACUAUUUGAAAUUUUAAAAGAAAAAUCAUGAGUAUUCUUCCCCAGAAAGAAGUGAUAUCUUUUUCUUUUCUUUUUCUUUUUUUCUUUUAGGAAUGAGGAAACUCUAAAUGCGAUCCAACUUUAAUCUCAGCUGCUAAAUAAGGUCACCUUCAGGAGUUUAAGGAACCGAAAUGACAGGAAUGUGACGGUCAUUCGGUCGUUAUUGUAGAUUUAAAAACCAGCUGAAAGCACUUUACCACUGAAACUCACUUCAUAAAUUCCCAGCAUGCACUGCAAAGUCUUCAAUUCCUGUAAAAAUAAAGAAACCUAAGCUGCCAAAAAUGCUAAUGUUGAAUUGGAUUGGAUUUUGUUACCUUUAGUGACCUUUCCAACCUCCAAUGGUUAAAAAUCAUUUUCUUCUUAUUUAUUAUCAAAUUUAAUCCCAUUUUCAAUCAUUCAGAUAUUCAGAUUAUUUCUGCUCCACAAAACCUGCAUUACAUUUUUGAAGUGUUAAAAGUCUACUUUUGUCUAAUGUAUAAUAAUAAUAAUAAUAAUAAUAAUAAUAAUAAUAAUAAUAAUAAACAGGGGAGAAUUGUGCUUUAGGGAGCGUACUGAUCACAUGUCGAUGCUCUUAUUGUCUUGUUUUUGUUUCGUUUUGAUUUUGUUGUGUCGUUGCGACUGUUGCGAGUGUAACAUUUAUUGCAGUUUGUUUUCGGUGCGUAAAUGUUUUAUAUUUUGUACAUUUGUAAGUAACAUAUCAUGUAAAUAAUAAGAGACUGCGGUUUAAAAUCAUCUGGAGAAUUUUGUAGUCUUUGUAAAAUCAGAAUAAAUGGAGUUUGGUGUCA